CGGGCUUUGAAAAGUCUUCAGGAAGUUGAGUGAGAAAAGUCCCCAGGAAGAGUUUAUGAGUUUAGCAUCUUCGCCUCGAAACUGUUUGGAAGUUGGACUUUUUGUACUUAAAAAUGCAGAGCAGUGCUUACGGUGCCUCCCUGGCCGGUGGUGCCUUUGAUUUGCCAACAUUUAUACUACAGCCUCAAACCAUAUUGCGCUUCUUGAGUUGGAUAUUCUCCAUUGUGGUUUUUGCUACCAUCACGGCAGAAGGCUAUACUAAUGCUACAAGAGAGGAAGAUACCAAAUGCAUGUUCAAUAACAACGAUGGUGCCUGCGGCUUUGCCGUAGGAAUUGGAGUCCUGGCAUUUUUAGCCUGCGUUGUCUUUCUCAUACUGGAUGCCUACUUCCCUCAAAUCAGCAAUGCCAAAGACAGGAAGUACAUCGUCAUUGGGGAUUUGGGCUUCUCAGGGGUUUGGACGUUUCUGUGGUUUGUUUGCUUCUGCCUUCUGGCCAAUCAGUGGUCCAAAACUAAACCCGAUACUGUUCCUGCCGACGCUGCCCGAGCUGCUGUGGCCUUCUCCUUCUUCUCUAUCCUCUCCUGGGGCCUGUUGUCCUUCUUUGCUGUUGGAAGAUAUCGUCAGGGUGUGAAUGAGUUUGGGCAGGACUAUAGAGACCCAGCCAAUGACCCUCCUGCUCCAUAUUCCAGCAGCGGCCCUACAGGCUACCAGCAGUCACCUUUCCCCCACGGACCACAGCAGCCUGGACAGUACCAGCCUCCAGCUUACUAAAGGACAUGAAUUCAGCUGAGGAUUUUUUUUCUUUAAGUGAAGAAUGUGUGCCAAUGCUUGAUUUACAGUUUGGAAUGUUAUCUGCACUCUGUACCCCCGCCCCAUUCCCCAUAACUUGUUUGCAUAUCGUAAAGUGCACUGGCAGGAUUGACUGUGCCAUUGUUGUCUGUGCACAACAACAACAAAAAAUUUCAGUGCCACUUUUAAUUUCUUUGCGAGUUUGAGUGCAGCUGUUUGAAGACUGUUCUGUAAUACCAAAGCAGCUGUCGCAAAAUGGAGGGUUGGUUGGUUUGUUUUUGCUGGGUUACGUUUUGGCUUUGCUGAAAUGAACAUUUUUCUUUUCAUGGAGAUUCCUGAAUAAUGCAUUUUUUUAUUAAAGUAUUGUUUAAUUAAUAUACUGUAAAGCCAUCAAUCAUAGUUUAAGUGACCACUGAAAGUACCUUUUGUGCACUGAAAAAGUUUCUUUGUGGUAGUGUGUAUUUCUUCUCCCUCUCUCUAAGGCACCAGACUUGUCAUUUUAAUGUUUGAGUUUAAAGUUCAUUGUCCCUGCUCCAGUGUAAUAAACACAAGGGUGAAUUUUAUUUAGUUUUAAGUUCUUAACACCAUGCUUUUGUAGGCUACCAUUGCUAACAUGCUGUUGCUUGAGUUCAUUUACAGUCUUCCCCCCCUAAUAUAUGGAAAAGUUGGAUUUCAGAAUAUUGGACUUAGUGUUAAAAUGCCAUAUUUAUUUGCUCACUAAAUCAUUUGAGGCCUUAAAAAAACAACAAAAAAAAAAAACAUACCAGAACAUACCUUUUUUUUUUAUACACUUUCUACUUGGUUUGUGCUGAUUCUUUGAACUGUCGCUAGAGAUUUAUUGCCGUGUGAUUGUUGUUAGAAUGCUUUACCAUAAUUCCCCUUUAAAGUGCCUUAUGUAGUGUUGUGUAACAUGGGGGUUGCCAAAUAAAAACCAUUCACCUUUUGAAAAUC